CCACUUAAUUACUAUAAUUGCAUUCACAGGUUCCAUUUCAAGAAGAAUCUGAAACGAAUCGUGUCUGAGCUUUAUGUUCGAGAUAACUGCCACCCAUUCAAAGCCAGUUUGCUGAUCUGGGUCCAGCUGCCCAUGUGGGUUUGUCUGUCUCUGGCCUUGCGUAAUCUCAGCCUGGGAAUGGGACAUGUUCCCCUCGAAGCAGGUUUGGCAACAGGUGGUGUUCUGUGGUUCCCUGACCUCACUCUCCCAGACUCUACCUGGAUCAUGCCAGUUUCUCUUGGCCUCAUCAACUUGCUCAUCACAGAGGUGAGGCGGUUCUCCAGAUUAGGACUUUCCAUGUGUCUGUACUGGCUCAGCUCCAGUUGUGUUGGCCUGGCACAUAACCUGCUCCUGAGAUCCCCUCGCUUCCGGGCCGUCUGUCGGAUCCCUCCAACACGCUCAGACUCUGAAACACCAUACAAGGACAUUGCAGCUGCAUUUGUAGCCAAAUACAUAAAAUAGAUGGAUGUGGACGUUGUAAAUUAGAGCAUCGGCUACUGAAAAUGUGAACGGAACAUGUGGAUGCCUGUGUAUGUAGUGGUGGAUUCAUCCAUCAGAUGUGUUUAUAAAAAAAACUGCUUUAGGAAAGAGACUCUGAUAAGUAGUACAAUUUUAAG